UUUUGAAAACCUAGUUCAACGCUCGAUCAAUCUUUCUAAUAGGACGUAUCAAACGACCUAAGACCUGAAUCACCUUUAUCGUCGUCCAUUGGCAGAUGCACGGGUUUCUUUGGAGGCACUUCAGUUGAGACCGAGCAAAAAAAAACUGAAACCGCCAUACGUGAACCCUCUGAUAGAACAUAUCAUCUUCCGGAGCUUCUUUCGUUGUUUCUUGGACCAUAUAAUUAUUCAAAAACACUGCCAAAAGAGCUGAUGGUUUGUGAUUAAAAGACUUUACGAGAAAAUCGAACCCGAUCCAUUUCAAAUCAUCACCUCACGAUUUUUCGGCUCGAAGUUGUCGCAAUACUCUCUGUUACUAUAGUUUGCAUUCCAUACACUGUUGCUUAUGUCACAGUCAUAUACCACGUCAGCAAUACCGACGCCGUUUCAGCCUCAUAGAGAGGCUCAUCACUCCACACAUAAUGACCCCAUUGGCUCUACAGGCGCUGCCGCUUCUGAUGACGAGAUUGAAAGUGCAUCUCCUCUUAUAAGCUGUAUGUUAGCUGGUGGCUUUGGAGGUGCUAUAGGAGACUCUGCCAUGCACUCUUUAGACACUGUGAAGACGAGACAACAGGGGUUGCUGUUCAAUCCCAAAUAUAAUAGCAUGAUCCCAGCAUACACUACAAUUCUUAAGGAGGAAGGUUUUCUUCGGGGCCUAUACGGCGGGUACUCACCAGCCAUUCUAGGCUCCUUUCCUUCCACAGCUGCUUUUUUCGGAACUUACGAAUUCACAAAACGGACCUUGAUCAAUGACUUGCACAUAAAUGAUACCGUGGCGUACCUUGCUGCUGGCAUCCUCGGAGACUUGGCCCUGAGUGUUUUUUAUGUGCCCUCAGAAGUUUUAAAAACAAGAUUGCAGCUUCAAGGUAGGCAUAACAAUCCGUACACGAAAGGAUGUGGAUACAACUACAAAGGUCUACGUGAUGCUGUGCGGUCUAUUGCUCGUACGGAGGGUGUUUCUGCACUCACUUUCGGAUACAAGGAAACGCUCUUUCGUGACUUGCCCUUUAGCGCGUUGCAACUCGCAUUUUACGAAAAGUUCCGUUUGUGGGCUAUCAAUUACAAUGGGAGGUCCGCCGACCUAAGUGUGCCAGCUGAACUUCUCACUGGCGCGGCAGCUGGAGGAUUAGCGGGUACGUUGACUACUCCAUUGGACGUCAUUAAAACAAGAAUUCAGACUGCCACACUUGAUACGGCUGGUUUGCAUCAGGAAAGCACGCAGCACAGGACUCUGGGCCUCGGAGCCUCAAUUUUGAAAAGGUUUUCCACAUUGAAUGCAUUAGUUGCGAUUCACCGAAAUGAAGGUGUUCUCGGGCUCUUCUCGGGCGUUGGCCCUAGAUUCAUAUGGACUGGUGUGCAAAGCUCUAUCAUGCUUUUGCUAUAUCAGGUCGCAUUGAAAAAGUUGAACGGUGUUUUCGGGGAGAAAGUUCUCGAGUGAGCAUUUUUCGUAGUACUAAACAUACCUCUUGCAUUAAUUAUUGCGCACUUCGUAGAGAUAAUCUGUAUAUAUAAUAUUUAUUCACCGUCAAUCGCC